CUCACUGUCACUGUGUUGCUGUCAGGGAAUGAAUGUGAACGGCUAGCCGGCUGGUAGCUUUGGCAAUGUUGUCAUUAUCAGAAUGAUAUCACAGCGGGACAGAGGAGAACUCGCUCGGUUUUAUACUGUUACAGAUCCGAAAAAGCACCAGAAAGGAUAUACUGUCUACAAAGUAACCGCAAGGGUAAGUGAAGGGGAGGAUGGGUGCUGUGACAGCAAGGCUAAUGCUAGGUGUUAUUAGCUAGCUGCCUAGCUUGAGUUUAGCUCCUAUGAUGCAAAUACAUGUAACGUUACUUUCUGGUCAUCACACAAUGGUAACUGCGUCGUCAGACACAUUAAAUAAUGAUUUUUUUUUCAAUCUGAAUAAAGUACAGUUUUUAUACUAGAGGUUGAAUUGGAUUAGCAGUGUUAGCAGUCAGAUUGAAUCCGUCAGAAACGCUGGAUGAGGGUUAGAUGGCUAACUAGCCUCCAGCCCUGUCAGUGUUAUGUGAAGCUGUAUAAGACAAGUACCUUUUUUUAACCAAGUAACUUUUUACUCUAAAGCUGAUUCGUAAUGGCAUAGCUUGGGGUGACUGUCACUUAUAAUUGCCCCUAAUUAAGCAAUAAACGUAAGCUAAAAGAACCUGACUAUCAAGUCAAACUAGCUGUCUUAGCUAGAAUAGAAGUAAACCAACCAGACAUAUGGGAAAUGAAAUAGUUCAUGGUAGAGCUGUUGUAUCGCCCAUGUGUUCAUGAUGUCAUGGCUGGUUGGUAAUUAUCGAAGCACAGGCUGACCAUUUGGCCAGACUAGCCGCAUGACCCCUUAUAUCUUCCAGGGUCAUGUGCUGAAUUUACCAAAGAUAUUUAAAGUCAGGGAAAAAAAGUUCGACAAACUCCCUUUAAGUUUGUCAGUUUUCCACCUGUCACUGGCAAUAAUAUAAAAAAUAUUAAAUUAUUCUGUCUUUUAUUCCAUCUUUUAAGCUUUGCCUGAUUUUUUUAGCAAAGAGACUAAACACAACUCACUCACUCUCUUCCAGCAGCCGCUUGUUUGUAGUGAAAUCUGGGGCCAGUCCAUUACGGACUGCUGAGGGGUGAUGUCGCUCAAGGAAGAACAUUUAUGAUCAUUUCUUCAUGGAAAUGCAAUCAAACCGAGACGCUAAGGCAGAAGAACUACUGCGUCUGCAGUGCAAAAUGAUUAAUAUGGUGAUUAUUACUUCAAGGAAAUGAUAAAGAAAUGAUCAUAAAUGUUCUUCCUUGAGCUGCGUCACCCCUGCUGCGGUAAUGGACUCGCCUGAGGUCUCGCUACAAACAAGCGGCUGCUGGAAGAGAGUGAGUGAGUUGUGUUUAGUCUCUUUGCUAAAGAAAUCAGGCAAAGCUAAAAAGAUGUUUGGUGGCUAGUACUAUGGCUGGGACCCUAUAUGUGCUGUUGAUGAAGUUAGGUUAUUAUUUGUGUCUAUAGAGUGGCUUUUUGGUUGAGGUUUGUGUAUGGCUCCUGAGACCGCUGUGUAUUGCUAUCGUGUGGUCGUUACUAAAGUUGGUAUAACUAGAGAAGCAAGCGGUGGGCAACAUUCAUCUAUCAAGGGGGUGUCUAACUUGGUGUUACGGUGUGUUUGACCCUAAAUUAGUUUUUAUGCCGGAUUAUCCCUUUAAUGAUUUCAUAUAUUAUAAAGGUGGUCUUGUUAUGAUCAGACAAAUUUGAAAAAUCCUAGGGUUAAGUUCUAAUGCUUCAGCAUCUCUGCCUGUCAUCCUGCUUGUCACCAUUGUUUGUGAUAUCUUGUUUCUCUCUCGGCUUUCGUCACUUGCUACAUAAUACGGUCAUUGUCACACUCGGCUGGUUCCCCGCUCAGACUUGUGUCAGCCACACAAAAAAAGUCAUGGCAGGAAAACCAGCAUUGAAAUCUUGGACUUUUUGAUCAAACUUUCUUUUUCCUUUUCAAUGCAGAUAAUCUCCAGGAAGAGCCCAGAGGAUGUGCAAGAGGUGAGUUAUUCAACUUCUGCCUUUAUACUGAGACUUUGUGAUCUUAUGUCAGGAGUUGAAUGGAUUACUUUGAAUUUAGGGAACACCAUGAAGUAAUAACACAUUUUUUUGUGAAUCAUACCAGCAGAAAUGUUAGUUGAAAGUGAAACUCUUUGUGAUACUAUUCACCUUGAAAAACCUUUUUUCCUUGUUAAGGAUUAUAUAGAAGACGUAGAAAGGUUUUCCUUUCCUUUAAUAGAUCUUAACAUGCUGUAUAACACACAUGCGUGUUUGUUACACACCCAGGAAUUCAGUCCAGUGUGGAACCAGUGCAAAUGCAGGAGGCGUGAUGCCAAUUACUGUCUGGUAGCACACAUACCUCCAUGAUUAAGUAAAGGUCUUGUAAGGGAGCUCAGUCUAGUUUUCUCACAGUGGCUGACUGGUCAGGAUUUUAACAUGGCACACUGGAAUCUGAACACUGAGGGCAGAACUGUUUUUUUAUUAUUCCACAGUAAGGAAAUGCUUCAUUCAGGUUUGUGAGUGAUUAUUUUUGACUCGUGUGCUCAGUCGAAUUUUCCAAGAUGGUGCUUGAGCACUCGUAUGAAUUGGUCGCUUCUAUGUGUUGGCUUUGAAACAAGCUUGGAUGCUUCAUUUAUAGCUCAAUUAAAAGUUUUUACAUUUUUCCUAACCAGACACUUGAUUUAGACACUUGAAAAGUAAGUUGUCAAGCGAUUAUAAUAUUUUCUUUCAGACAAGUUCAGAGUCAAGCUGCAAAAUUGUUUUGAUCCAUGCCAUAAUAGACCAACAAGUGCCUUUUUCUGUCAGUCUUUAUUGUUUUCUUCUUCCUCUACUCCUUUAGAUAACAGUAUGGAAGCGAUACAGUGAUUUCCGUAAGCUUCAUCAAAACCUCUGGCAGCUGCACAAGAAUGUAUGUAGCCAGUCAGAGCUGUUUCCACCCUUUGCAAGGGCCAAAGUUUUUGGUAAGAAAAUAACCCUUUCACAUUCACCUGUGUAAAAAGACUGUACCAUGAAAGAGACAAAAUGGCUCUCCUCAUUUUUACACGCUUGCUCUAAUCCUAAAGUGAGGAUCAGUCUUCUUAUUUUAAAUUCUUGGUUCUCUGGUACCUUCACAUCUAUUUUUCAGAAAAAUGGUCAGAGACUGGGAUGUAAAGUAUGGCAGUAAAUGCUGAUUCUGACCAAACGGAGACAACUCUGCCGCCUGGAGGCAGCUCGGUGAUACUGCUUGUAAUGAAGCUCUUCCACAUAAUUGAUCAUGUCCUUCAUAUAUGCAACUGCAGGUCGCUUUGAUGACUCGGUAAUUGAGGAGAGAAGACAGUGCUCUGAAGAUCUGCUCCAGUUCUCCGCUAAUAUCCCUGCUCUCUAUAGCAGUCAGCACAUCCAAGACUUUUUCAAGGUAUGUUAAAAUACACACAUGUAAAAAAAAUGACAAAGAAACUCCUCCAUGGACUUUGACUGCAAUCUUUCUAACAACUUUUCAAGGGAGGUGAGGUGCACGACGGCUCGGAGCUCAUUGGACCAGCGGAGCCUUUUUCUGAUUUCCUGGCAGAUAGUUUAUCAGACUGCAGCUCUGACGGUAUGUUUACACAGAAUAACAGACUGAACCAGCCUCUCUGUAAAGCUGCUGAACCACACUUGCUCAUAAAUACGUGGACAUGUUUUUCAGUGCAAAGAGACAUCAGUGGUGCAGAUGAUUUAACUAUCACAUCUGAGUAUGGAGGUAAGAUUUUUAUUUUUACUUUAUUUAACCAGGAAAUAUCCCAUUGAGAUUAAGAACCUCUUUUUCAAGGGAGUCCUAGCCAAGAGGCAGCAGACACAAAAUACAGUUACCACAUUUUCCAGACUAUAAAUCGAUUUAGAGUUUAAGUCGCACCAGCCAAAAAAUGCACAAUGAAGUAGAAAAAACAUAUACCGGUAUAAUUUUUUGGGGGGGAAUUUAUUUUACAAAAUCCAAGACCAAGAACAGACGUUUCAUCGGAAAGGGAGGUCAUAAUGAUAACAAUAGAAUAGAGAACAGGCUGAAUAUCUGUACAGUAUGCUAACGUAGCACGUUGAUGGUUAUUCACCUGCAUGAAGCAUAAACAACGAACUCAAUAGGUGUCUGGUAUGUUAAUGUAACAUAUAAACAGUUAUUCAGAUAAAAACUAUAGGAUAUAAAUAACAUACCAAAACAAGUUUACCAAACUCUCGAUCUCACUCCAAAUCACUAAAUCCAUUGAAUUCUUCAUCCUCAGUGUCACCUCUGUACAACUAGAGUGCCCUCUAGCGGCUGUCAGUGUGAAAAUAACAAACAUGUGAAAUCAUAUUUUUUAACAUAUAUGUAAGUCGCACUUGAGUAUAAGCCGCUAACCCAGCCAAACUAGGAAAAAAAAAACGUACAGUCCGGAAAAUACAGUACAUAUUCACAUAAAUAAGACACAGAACUUAAACACAUAAUGAGAAACAAGAACAUAUUGUGGAAUUGGCCUCAAUAACUCUGAAGUUUGGAUUUAAAAGUGCUCAAAGAAAUUCAGUCAGUUAGUUUCCAGUCUUUCUGAAACAUAUCCCAUGCAUAAGGUGCAGAGUAAAUAAAUGCCCUUUUACCCAUCUCCAUACAAGCCUAAGGGACAGAAAGUAACAAUUGAUCUCGUGAACAAAGAGAAUAAGAUUCAGCAUUUCUCAGAGUAAUUGAGGUGCAAUUGUAUGAAGGUAGCAGAUCCAAUAUUGCCUUAUAAAUGAAAGUGUACCAAUGACUAGCCCUUCAAAUGGCCAGAGCAGGACAUCCUACUUGAGAGUAUAAUUCACAAUGAUGAGUAGACAUCUUACAGUUAUUAAUGAACCUCAAAGAAGCAUGAUAAACAGUAUCAAUCAUUAUAAGACAUUGAGCAGCAGCAAUUAUGUUCAAAGAAUCUCCAUAAUUCAACAUAGAUAAAUUACAGAGAGUUUCAAACCCAAGAUUUGUUCAAAAACAGACAAACAUUGGAACAUCAUCGCUGAGUUCAACCAUCAUGUAUUCAUUAAACAGAGACUGAGAAUAGUUUGUCUCUGCCUUUUAUGACUCUGGUCUCCUCUCCAGGCCCGUCCAGUGACAGUGACUUGACCUCCCUGGCUGUGGAUUCAGACUCUCUGGCUGGGCUGGAUGAUGGCAUGGCCUCAGGUCGCACCUCCCCAAACCAGCCACAGGGGGGAGCCACCAACAUUAGCAGCAGCUGCAGCCCUCGCUUGCCCUCCCUGCACAGUCGCCGUACCCCAUCUCCUGCCCCGGUCCCUGCCUCCUCAGCCCCUAACCCAGAGGUCAACUGGCAGGGCCGAACAGCACUUUUCUCAGGCAGCCUGAAGAAAGUCACUGGUGGCAACACGAAGGACGUCAAGUCAGACUACUUAGACAGAGCUAGUGAGCUUAUCUGUUUAGCUGAACAGAAAGAGAAAGAGCAGGACUUCCAGGCAGCUUUCUCCUGCUAUCGCAGCGGAGUGGACCUACUGCUGCAGGGAGUGCAAGGUCAGUGUGAGAGAAAGCUGUGUCACUUUUUUAUGGCCAAAAAAAAGAAGUUGCUCAAAUGCAGAUGAAGCAUGACUGAUGUCUUUUUUUGCUGCAUCCAAAUCUGUUUUUAGUGGUUAAAAAUGUGCAGCAGUGACAAAAAAUAAUAUUUCUAUUAAAUUAUAUUAAAAAAUAGAGGAAAAAAAUGUUUACAUUUGUAGGCAUCAGGUUGUAAUAUAGCGAGCUAUUUUAGAAAACAAUCAUAGUUACCAUAAAAGCUUUGAACGUUUGGCUCUAAGUGUAGAAACUGGGUCUUAGAUGACCUUAGCCUUCAUUAGCGCUUCAUAAGAAGAGGGGAAGCUGUCCACUCAGUUUUCACUCUUUUUAAAGCUUGUCACCAGAGCUACUUGCUUUUUGUCUGUAAACAAACGCUGUCAUUUAACUCUGCAGAACUGCUUUUUUAUUUUUUUGUUUAAUAAGAAAACUCACCGAGCUUUUUCACCUCAUAUAUCAGGUGAGCACAGUCCCAAGCGGCGAGAGGCUGUGAAGAAGAAGACUGCAGAGUAUCUGAUGCGUGCUGAACAGAUAUCUAGUCAACAUCUGAGGAGCAACAUGGGUCAAGGGUCAACACAGACGGUGGUGAGUGGGAGAGAAAAUUCACUGGCCCUGCUAUCUGUGUUAUGAUAUGCUAAUAUAUUAAUAUUCAUGCAUACACCAGGGUCCUCAAACCACUUGAGGGAGUGUAUCAGAGUGCUUGUGAGUUUAAUACAGAUGAAAACGUUGGAGUAAGUCUGUAUUAAAAAGAUCUCAUUGUACUUUGUGUUGCGCAUUGGCAGUGCUGAACAAUCAGUAUUUGUACGAUUGCAAUUUAGAGAUUAACUGAAGUUACUUUGACUGAAGAGUUUUCAUUACAAACUUACAGAAACUUAUCUUCCUAGUUUGCCACAUCCCUCAUUAUACUAAUGCAUGUUUUUUCUUUGUUUAACCUGGCUGCUUUGUAUUUCACAACUCUUUAUGUGCAUGACCAUAUUUUAAGGUCGCCUUUGUCCAGUAUUAAAGCACUAUGAAUUUUUCUUCUGCCCAAGGCUUUGGGGGCGCAGUGCUGUGCGUCCACCAGCAGAGGAAACCAGCAGAGUCCAUCUGAAGAACUCCGAGCCUUCAGAGUGCUUGGAGUCAUAGAUAAGGUCAGUUUACCAUUUAUUUCUAACAACUACCAUUCCUUUUUAUGCCCAGACGCACAUUAACAGACGACAAGACGAAUUAAAUAUCCUUUAGAAAUAAAUAUUUUCUUGAAUGUAAAUUUCAUGAAAUAAGUGCAACACAAUCAGAGUUAAAAUCUAUCAAUCAGUAAAUCAGUCUUUAUUUAUAUAGCACCAUUUCACAACAGAUGUGAUUUUAAGCUGCUCAACAGAAUAAGCAGGUCCAGACUCUUUGUUUAUGUUGUUACAAGUAGAGAAAGACUGAUCCAUAGAGCAGAUUAACUUUGCAUUUUGAUGUAAUUGGCGUCAUAUUGGUACCAGUCUUCUCAAGGCCGAUAUCAUAUCAGAUCAUCUAAAACACUCAUUGUCUUUUCAUUCUUAUGAAUUUUGUAGUAAUGUUAAGAUUAAUACAGUUCUGCCUACAUUUAAUGAAACAUUUACAUAAGGUCACCAGCUUUGUUUGUCAUUUGUUAGUAUUUUUAUAUUGAAUAAGAAAACAUUACUGCGAUAUCAGCGCUAUACAUCAGCCAUUGGACAAUGUGCUCCUCUUUUAUUGGUGUUGGUCAUAGAAAAACUUCUUUAUUUUAUUUAUUUAGACUUUAUUUAACCAGGAAUGUCCCAUUAAGAUUAAAAACCUCUUUUUCAUGUCCUGGAAACUGAUAGUGGUUAACCACUAUUACAAAGACUCACCAUCAAAAUAAGAUAAGGUCCAAUCUCAUGUUCUAUCGUGAGCAGGACACUUUGUAGCAUUGAGAAAGUUUCUCGGCAGGACAAAUCCUCCUGUUAACAGAUAGAAAACCUCCUGCAUAACUAGACUCCUGUUGAAAACCUGUGCAACUGUGAUGAGAUUAGAAGGAGGAGAAUAUGAAGAGAACGAUAGAGACAGACAACAACAACAAUGACAUUAUUAACAAGAACAGUUGCAUAGAGUCAUGGUUACAGUCCCAAUAAUUUUAGUCAGAGUACUUAUGCUAUUCACAGGAAGCAAAUUGAUGAUAACAGACUGAUUUGGGAAUUUACGGCAGUUAAAACCAACAGGUCAUUAUAAUAAAUGUUAUUAAUAAUAGCAUUUGCAAUAAUAAUGAUAAUGGGAUAUGGAUGGUAUCAUCAAUUAAGGCAGUUGUAGUCAAGCUGAUCUACAAUGUAUAUAAUAACAGCAAUAAUUACACUGAGACGGAUAUUAAUAGUAGAAACAGUUGGAGUCUGGCAGGUCCACAGCAGCAGGCUGACAUCAGCAACAAUUCAGAGAAACUUAAGACAAGGGAGUUCAGGGACGCCCAGAAAGAUUGGUGAUUGAUAACUGCAGUGGGACAUAAAGAUCGAAGUUAGGGACACACAGAAGUAGACAGUCCUAAAUCUAAGUGUUCACAAAAAGGAAAGUUAAAAGUUUUCUCUUAAAAUGAGAGAAGCUCCAAGACCUUGUUGAGAGAUGAUUGUUCGAUGAUUCCAAAGGUGGGAGAUGAUGGUAUCAUACAGUAUGUUUCUACUUACCAUUCUUCUCAAAUAUGAGGUUUGAGAAUGUAGAGUUCCAGAGGGACGUGAGGGAACAAUGAGCUCUUGAAGAUAGGACGGUGCCUUAUCAUUUCGAGCUGUGUCAGUCAGAAGAAGAGAUGUGACAAAGUGGUGCUACCUGUAUAGUCAGCCAUAUUUUCCAGCAUGCUUGUGCAGAAAAGCAGCCACUUCCACUACACAAUGACUGGGGGGCAAAUUUACAAUGAUUUAAGUUUGAAUACUAAGGCUUAAUGGUUGCGGUCAUGACAGCGAGCAUUGUCUCAAGAAAAGACUGUAAAUUGGUUAUAUGCUUCCAUAGACUGUAUAUAGAAUGGACGCCGUCUGCCUCCUCACUAUGUGAAGCCACCCUAUUAACAGCACCCUCUGGUGACGGGCUGCAGUAUAGGUCAUAAAUCCCACCUCCUCUAGCAAUCCCUAUGGAGCUGUGGACAAACUUUAGAAAUUUAUUACACAGAAUAUAAAUUUUUCUCCCCCCUGGUUGUGAUGUUGACAUGUAGUUAUUGUAACAUUGGUUUAUGCUCAAGCCCCCUUUUUUCUGUACAGCUCCAUUUUUAGUUAUUAGGGGGUUCAUGUUUCCAUGAUUGACACUUGAUACAGUCUAUGGGCAUGCGAAGGUUGCGUAGCUCACCCGGGGGUAACUCUGUUUAAGCCGAGCGUCAUCACAGCGACUCUGGACGAAUCUCCCGCCAAACACUACUGCGCAAGUUAAUAAAAUCCUGGAAAUACUGAGAGCAAUUUGGCUUCAAAUUUGUAUAAUGACUGGAGGUGGAACCAAGUCGCCCAUAGUAUAUACAGUCGAUGGUUGCAUCCCUCUGUGUUCUAUGGUAUGGUAAAGCGAUCUGAGUAUAAAGAACACUGCUUAUUUUUAAGGGAAAAAUAGUCAAAAAAGGUUCUAUUUUAUACUCUACAUUUCAAAGAGAAUAAAAUUCUUCUGAAGGAAACUGGUUUUGUGGUCCUAAAAAAGAGGUGAUCCUGCAGGUGACUUUCUUAAAAAAAAGAAACUAAUCUUAUCUAAAUAAGCUGCUGAGGAGCUUUUUGAACAAGGAUUAGUCAUGUGUCUGAAGCUUUAAAAUAUGUAACUUAACUGUGUUUCUAGUUUGAAUCCAGGGACCCAUCUAUCAUACAGAAACUACACUUUACAGUGAAGUAUAAAUUAUCAGCAGCAUUGUCUUUAUUUACAUAAACUUAUUUACAUAAGACCAACAUGACUUAAAAUAUGAAAUGAAUAAACUCAAACAAAUUUCACAGAUACUGCAACUCAACAACACGGUGAAGAACUGUUUACUCCAAUUCAAACUCCUAAUGCAAUCAACUGAAGCUUACAAAUCAUACUAAUGCUGGGAUAUAAUGAACACCACUCAACAUUUUGUCUCCAACAACUUGUGUCCAGCUAGCUUUCUAUUUGAUAACUGCCUCAGCACAGAGACGUUUCUCCUCCUUGUGUCCUUUCCUUCUUCAGCCAUCACUUUCAUGAAGCUAUAAAACAUAAUAGAUUUACUGGAUGGUAUGGUAAGAGCUGAGUGUGUGUAUGUUUAGCGACAGUUAUGACGACCACAAGGUCAGUUUAGGUUGCUGGUCCGCUCAACCAGCUGCCGGCGAAGCAACUUUACCACUCAGCCAUGAAAUGACUUGGCAAGCAGCUGAGAGAGCGGCACACACAACAUUGAAUCAAUGAUGCUCGUCCUCCACACACACACUAACGCACACACACAAAACCCCAAGGAAAAUGUUGACACAACACUAACAUGUGUUUUUUUCUACAGAGGUGUGCACAAAAUCCACAACAUAUCCCAAACAAAUCAGACACACAGCAACAACAAAAAAAAACUUCAUUAAGUGGAAAUGCGUUAUCCAGAGAUGACCCAGCUAUCCUCUCCUCCUCCUCUUCCUUCGCUUCCUUCCUCCUUUCACUUUUAAUGGGGACAGAGGGGACAGAUGGAGAGAGCUCCUCACCCUGCUGCCCCCGUCUGCCCCUCCCCUCCACCUCCCCCUUUCCCUGAUGUUUGUGUCUUAAUUAUAUUAGCGCCCUGGCCGGCACCGCCACUCUGUUUACUCACAGCUCCAUUCAUAUCCAUUUAGCCUGCACCUGUUUGGUCCCCGCCAGGGUCACAUGGAGUGAAUGCACUCAGAAAACAUACGCACACACCCACAGUGCACCACACACAAACGUAGGCUGGAUAACGCACAUAUGCUCAAGCUCUCCCAGGAGACGGUAGGGAGGCAGAAGAGCAAUGGAGAUGUCAAAGAGAAGGAGGGAGGAAAUAAAGAUAUCAGGAACAGCGAGAGAGGGAGAAAGUGAGAGAAGUGAAACAAGAGAUACUUGGAGCUUAAUUAUGAUGUGGAUACAGGCAGACAGGAUUUAGAGAUGCCACUGUUUGCAGCUACAGAUACUUGGUCUACUGUGAAGCAUUUAAGAUGGCACAUUGUCAAGGAGUACAAGAGAGAAAUGAGUGCAUCUAAAUUAUGAAUCACCAGUUUUUGCAUUUUUUGUCCUAUUAAGAGCUAAAGCUGGUCUUUUUUCUUGCUUUUUAAUUAUUAUAACCUUUAUUCAACCAGGUUAGUCUCAUUGAGAAUUAAGAUCUUUUUUUUUUAAUUGAAUUGAGUUAAAUUGAAUGUUUCUUAUUUUUAAAUGAACUUUAUCAUCAAACAUCAUUGUAAACAAGUGAAAAGGGAACAAACAAACAAACAAACAAAAAAAGAACUAAGCAACAGACGUUCCAAUACAUGGCAUAAAAUAUAGCUCAAAAUGAUAUAUGGACAAAAAUUACCAAAUCAUAUAUAUAAAUAUAUAUAUUUAUAUGGCAAAUUAAAGUGGCAGACAACUUAAGUGAAUAUAAUUUGAAUAAAAUUCAUUUCCAAGAGUUCUUUUGCAAGAGAAACCUGGCCAAGAAUGACCGCACAUGACAAAUGUACGCAAAAUCACAUUAAACAUUAUCAAUUAUGAUAUAAAUAAUAUUUGAAAUUACAAGAUUUGUCAAAAUAAAACAUUUGCAUUUAUCUUAUAGGUUUUAAAAUUUGUUAAUUUAAGUCAAAAAAGUAAAAAAUGUCCAUCUUUACCCCUUCUACUGGCUAAAAAUUGUAAAGAAACUCAGAUUUUAAUGCUCCUCAAAAGCAGAGCUUCAAUUUUGAACUGUGUUUUUCUUAAUAAUUUACAUUUUUGACUUUGCUGUUAUUACUACCAUUUGAUUUACAAAAAAGAAAGAACUCAGGUAACAUCUUUAUCAGGCUAUAUGUUACUUUGUCAUCUUUACUGUUUUUUUGUUUUUCUUGGCAGGUGCUUUUGUAUUGCAUCUCUUUUUUUUAUUCCUAUUCUUCAGACUAAAUAAUUCUAAAAGUUGGAGUUAUCUUGCUGGCAUUUGGUUUGGUCACCACAGCGGGCUUUGAUAUGCUAAUGCCAGUUUGUCUCGUAUAAUUUGGGACCCUACAUUUAUCUUGCAGUGACCCUAAUGUGUGCCCUGACCCGGUGGUUGAAAAACACUGCUCUGGAGGACAUAACCACUACAUCAUGUUAGACUGUGUAUGUCUGCUCACACCAAUUAAUGGCACUCUUCCAUCACAGGUUCUCCUGGUCAUGGACAAGAGAACGCAAGAGACGUUCAUCCUGAAAGUAAGUGUAAUAUGUGUGUGUGUGUGUGUGUGUGUUCGUGUGUGUGUGUGUAACUGUAAGUGUGAAGUGUGCCAGGAGCCCCUGUGUGUGUGACCGGUGUAAUUGAUUCUAAUGGGCCUGUCCCUGUCAGCUCCUCUGCUCUCAGGUGUGAGACGUGUGCCAGAUGCCAACGCACAGCGCGGGCAUAGAUGACUACACACUUGUGCGCACAUACUUCUACACACAUGCACAGGCGGCCAAUGUGAACUUUACGUGUAGGGCUGAUAGAUCUGUGUGGCUCUGUUAAAGUCACGCGCUGUAUGUGGCCUGAUGAAUCCAGUGACUUUGGGUUGCCAUGGCGCAAAGCUGGCAACUCUUUAAUGGGAGGUUUCUCCUCUGCCUCACUCCCCUCAUCAUUUUUCCCUACACCUUAAUCAUUAUACAAACGCUCGCCUUCUUCUUUGGGGGUGGAUUUACCCUUUCUUCUCUUUUUCUUUGCUGGAAUUACUCACCUCAUUGCCUAAUUUUUAAUGCAGGGUUUGAGGAAGAGCAGCGACUGUGGGCGGAUUAAGAGGACAAUCAUGCCUUACUCUGUGCCCAACAUGGUGCAGCUGAGGAAGUUCAUCGUCUCUGAAGAUGCAGUGUUCCUCUUGCUGCAGUAUGCCGAAGGUAAAAUACUAAUAUCUCGCAAUCAUCUCUCCUUUUCCUUUUCUCUGCCCUUGUUCCAGACAGAUGUUUGAUAGAGAUGGGUGUGUGUCACAGGUCGUUAUUCUGGAUACCAGGUGGCACCAUGCUUCAUUAGCUAUGCCAACACCUGGGCCUCCUUACAUCCCACUUACUCCAGGGUGGGUGUGUGCAUGUGUGCGUGAAGCUCGUGUGUGUGUGGAUGAGUGCGUUCAAUGAAAUGCAGCCAUAUUUUUCAUGCCCUGUAACCUAUUCAAUCUGGUGCACUCCAUAACCACCCUGCGCUAAUAUUAGUGGACAGUAUUGAAUAUAAUGGGGGCUGUUGGACAUGAUCUAAUAAAGCUAAUCAAAUGUCAGGGAAAGCAAAGUUUUAUCACAGUGACACCAGACUCACAACAUAUAGGGUUUCUCCUUAUGUUUCUGCAAUUUAGUGGUAUAUAUAUAUACAGGCUACAGCUACUGAUGGGUUGAAUGAGGAUAGGCAGGCAGACAGAGGCGAGGCAGUGACCUGGGUGACAUUGGAUAAAACAACAUGUGGAUGGUUCUACUUUCUAAGCCAUCGAGCUGCCCCGCUAUCAUUAUCAUCACGGCAAACUCCCUAUCUGUUCUCAUCACACGCAACAGAUGCUGGCUUCCAAUUGCUCACACUGCAGCUGUGUGUGUGUGUGUGUGUGUGUGUAUAAGACACAGAAAAGUCAAAAUGCUAACAUAACACUGAGGACCUCAAAACAAACCCCAACCCCAUUAAACCAGAUUAGGUUCAGUUAGGACUGUCUUUGUAUGCCCUCGAGUCAGUCUCCUGAGUGAAAACUAGGGAUGUAAACUUGUAGUACUCUCAAUGAUCUAUCAUUGGAAAUUUUCACUGUUCACUACCCUUUACCUGUUCAAAAUAACUUUUCCUUUGACAAAAACAAGUCUUUACAGAAACGUCGUGGACAAACGCCUUGCAAAACAGGUAGAGGUGUGAAGACUGUCCAAUAUGUUGAAUAUCGGCGUGUGCAGGGGGCUCAAAAAUCGACCUGGAGUAAUAGGCUAGUCACAAAGAGCCAGGCUCAAACUGCUUCAUGUGGAGACAGAGCAACAAAAGAACGAAACAGAAAUUACUCGAGGGUCCACAUUGUGUCUGGCUGUCCAUAUUGAUAAAAAAAACAAAAAACAAAAACAAAACUAUUUUUUACUUUUUCUUUCUUUUUUCUUACUUUCUUUUCCUUCUCUUUCUUUCUUUCUUUCUUUCUUUCUUUUUUCUUCUUUCUUUCUUUUGCUUUCUUUUUCUUUCUUUCUUUCUUUCUUUCUUUCUUCCUUUUUCUUUCUUUCUUUUUCUUUCUUUCUUUCUUUCUUUCUUUCUUUCUUUCUUUCUUUCUUUCUUUCUUUCUUUCUUUCUUUCUUUCUUUCUUUCUUUCUUUCUUUCUUUCUUUCUUUCUUAUACAUAUGUACACCAGGCAACUGUACAUGUCAAAUAUAAAACUACACUAACAUAUGUAUGUCAAAAACAAACACUUUGAGAAGGAACAGAAUGAAGCAAAGAGCAACAUUUCAACUAACCAUCAAGUUAAAACAUGAGUGUAAUAAUAUAUUUAUCAUUUGACUGAAUAGCUGAACUGAAGAUGAUGUCAGAAAAGCUGGACAGGACUUCUGCAGGAACUUUCUCAGCCUGUUUUUUGUAACCUUUUGUUGAAUUGAAUGAUUUCCAUUGGCAAUUCCAUAGAAAAGAAAAUAACUGUCUUCCUUUAGCCAUCCUUCGUAGAGUUGUUCAGGUGACGUAUCUUUCAGGAUUAAUGGGGCAGAAGUCACAACGUUUAGAGUUGUUGCUUUUAACACCACUUCUUGUGGUUUAAGUUUCGUUUUGGCAGAAGUUUAAAGAUGUACUCACCAGCUCUGCUGCUAUUGAUUUCAUAUGAUAUGUGCAAUCUGGUUACAUCUGGCAUCACUCCUGCUAUGCAUGGAUUCAGAAUCAAGUAUUCAACACAGCUGGGUUAUCAGCAAGAAAGCCAGAUAAUGAUAGAUAUACAGCUGUAGAAUAAAUAUGAUCUAUGAAUACUGAGAGGGACAUGUUUGGCCUCUCCAACAUCCAUGUGUUUGCUGCAUCUCCGCAUCUCUCCAACAUAUAGUGAAUCAUCACAGUAAGGUUACUCCCUGUUGCCCGCAAGAUCCAACAAUCUAUAGUGAGAGCAUGACUAUGUACUCCACUCAAUUGUUUUUAAUACCUUAGUGUAUUGUUCUAUACAGGUAGAGAUAAGCAGAAAAAUGCUGCUAAAUCUCCCAAAACAUUUCUAGAAAAAGCAAACAUUUUCUCACGCUCUCUUUAUCUCUUUCUUUACCAACUGCUGUGUUAGACAGACCAUCCAUUUGUCUUUGGUUUUAAUUCUCUGUGUUUUUUUUAUCAACAGGUGGGAAGCUGUGGUCUCACAUUGGGAAGUACCUUCGUAGUUCCAGCACAGACGAGAGCUUUGACAUUCCUUUCAUCCAGAAGAGUCACACAGCAGCUGUUCACUCUCCACAGCAAGCUGUACCAAAACUGGACACUGGUUCAGCCAGUUCUGGUUCUGGGCCGCUUGCAUGUUGUGAUUCUGUCUCAGAGCUGCAGAAAGACGACAAUAACCUCAUCACAUCUCCUAAGAAAAGCGUUCUUCCCCCCAGACUUAAGGAACAAAUCGGGGUCCAGUCAGACUCCGGAGCUACCUCCGAGGAGGAGUGCACCAACAGUUAUCUGACACUCUGCAAUGAGUACGAGCAAGACAAAGUAGAACCAGAUGCACUAGAAGAGGAGGAGGAGAAGAGUGAGCAGGAAAUGUUGUCAUUGGAGGUCCCCAACGUGACGACCACCACAUCCUCACGCAGCCGCUCACUGCUCAGCAAUGACAGCCUCUCCUCUCCCAUCAGCUCUCAGGAACUCGGCUUUUUCACAGAGUCGUCUGACAAGAGUGGCAACACAGCUGACAGUGAGCAAUACAGAGGGGACGGCCAGGACAAUAGUGACGUCUUCAGCCCUUUGCCGUCCCCUGCUGCACCUCUGUCUUUGGACCAGUCCAAGCACACACCGAUGGAGUUCUUUCGUAUUGACAGCAAAGACAGUGCAAGCGAGGUGACCUGUCUCGACAUAGGAGAGCAGCGUCCCUCUCAUAAGCAGGUUUCUGUCUUUUCUACAUCUGACCUGGGCUCAGAGGUCACCGAGGAUCUUCCAGAGCUGGCUCAGGAGGUCAGAGGCCACAGCUCGGAGCUUUGGGGAUUGGACUAUAGCGACAAGGGCUCUAAUGAGUCAGUGCCAGUGAUUUCGUUUAAAGAGGCUGUAGUCGAGGAUGAAGGUCACCCUCCAGACCUUUUGGUAAACCUACCUGAAUUAAGUGGGACUGUAGACUCUAUGCAGGAGGAGUUAGAGUCUUCUGGAGUGUGUCUAGGCCUUGAGGCUACAGCAUCUCCUCAGAAAUUAAUCCAGCCUGAUGUCUUACAGCUUCAUAGCCAGCCCGAGGAGGAGGAGGAAGAAGAGGAGGAGGAGGAGCAGCAGCAGCUGGAGCAGGAGCUUUCAUCUUUCUGCACAGCUUCUGCAACCUGUGACACCAGCAUUGCAUCUUCUUCCCCUUUCAACUCGCUGUGGGAUGACUGCAGUUUGGUGUUUGCACAAGAGGCCUCUGAUACAAUGGGGGUUGAUCCUGCAUGCCGUAGUACUGACCUCCCCCUUGAUCUUCCAGAUACAGACUCACACAAUGAGAAACUAGAGGGCGCUAAAGACUUGGUAGAGCUCAGUGGCAAAAACGGGGGUGAGGCCAGUGCGGUGAAAGAGAGUUCACCAGGUCUUGGUGGUGAUUCAUCCAGAGUAAUUAGUAUUAAAGGUGGCAGCGAAUUUGAUAAAGAUGUAUCACGGCUGUUUGCAGAACUAGAUGAGCUGUCGUUGGCUGCAUCCCAAGCUCGUAUCCCUGAGGACUUUGUACGAUGCUGGGCUGCAGAAAUGGUGACAGCUCUGGACUUUCUGCACCAAGAGGGAAUCAUCUGUAGAGACUUGAACCCCAACAACAUCCUGCUAGACCAUCAAGGUUAGAAAUCAGUUUAAAACACUGGCUUUUUCAUGACACUGUUUAGACCAGAACUCCUCUCUGAGUGAUCAAAAGAGUGAUCUUCAAAAGAGUAGCACUACAACAAGAUUUCACAGCCAAGAUGACUGCCCUUUGUGGGGUGACUUUUGAAGUUGUUGAGGAAAGAUACCUGAAAUUCAAAACAUGAUGAGUCAGCUCUUAAAAUGACUUCACGCUAAUGCUAUUUCCAGUAUAUGUGAUUAACCUGUGAGAGUGGCAGUUCUGUUAUUAUGGAAAGGUCAGAAAAACUGUAGAAGCAGCUGUCUUGAAAUUGUUGAUUGGUUUAAGUGUUAGGGGUUGCAAUCACUAGUGGCCCCACGAUUCGCUAUUAUCACAAUACUUGGGCCACGACACAAUAUAAUUGCGAUACAUGGGCCACAAUAUGAUAUUAUCACGAUACUUGGACCAUGAUACGGUAUUAUGACGAUACUUGGGCCACAAUAAGAUAUUAUUGCGAUACAUGGCCACGAUAUAAUAUUAUCACUAUACUUAUACCAUGAUAUGAUAUUAUCACUAUACUUAGACCAUGAUAUGAUAUUAUCACGAUACUUGGGCCAUGAUAUAAUAUUAUCACGAUACUUGGGCCACGAUAUGAUAUUAUCACGAUACUUAGACCAUGAUAUAAUAUUAUCAUGAUGCUUGAGACACGAUAAAAUAUUAUCACUAUACUUAGACCAUAAUAUGACAUUAUCACGAUACUUGGGCCACGAUAUAAUGUUAUCACGAUACUUAGACCAUGAUAUAAUAUUAUCAUGAUGCUUGAGACACGAUAAAAUAUUAUCACUAUACUUAGACCAUAAUAUGACAUUAUCACGAUACUUGGGCCACGAUAUAAUAUUAUCACGAUACUUAGACAAAAAAUACGAUAUUAUCACAAUACUUGGGACACGAUAUGAUAUUAUCACAAUACUUAGACAAUGAUAUGUUAUUAUCACGAUACUUGGGACAUAGUACGAUAUUAUUGCUAUUUUUAACAUUCUGCAAUACAGCGAAUAUUGCGAUACAAUAUAUUGCCAUUUAUAAAACUUUUCAACUGUUAAGCUGAUUUAGCAUAUGUCUUUCCUUUAUGUUUGUCCUAACAAUGCUGCAUUUUAUUUUCAUGUAGCACAUUUUGCAAACCUCAUAUAUGUUUGUUGUACUAACUUUCUCCUGCUCUAUGAUGUCACCUCUGACAACCUCACUGGACAAACAGAUGAUUUUAUUUUUCCAUUAUCAUAGAUUUGACUUCAUAUUAGCAAUUAAUUUGAAACAUCGAUAUUUGGUAACUGAGACAAUACGAUAUAUCACCAGACAAAAGACCCCAAUACUAUGCUGUAUUGGUUUUUUCUCCCACCCCUACGGUGGAUACAACACAAGCACAUUUCCUAUCACUUAACAGUGUUCAUUCACUUGGUCACAAAAACCAAGGGAUCCCCAUUUGGGGUUACAUUAAAAUGCUCGUUUUCACAGCAAAAUUAAACCUGUUUAGCCUAGCUUAAAAGACCGUUUUUGGUGCAUAGCUCCUUUAUUCCAUUGAUUCAUCUAUUAAUAAAAUUUUGACAGGGAGAGUAAGACAAUUUACAUAAUAAGGGCCAUAACUAAAUCGUCAGACAGGUGGGCUUACCCAGCUCCUGUUGGCCAAGAGGCCAAAAGACCAACUCAGCGUGUUUCUAGGUUGAUUUAAAGCUGGGUUUAGUCGGCAUCGUCUCCAAAGAAACAAAAGGCCUCAAGUAAACUUAAUAAGGAGCCAACCCUUCUGAAACUUCUGUGUCAUUAAGUAUCAGUUUUGUCUUUCCUACCAUCUCCUGUAAGAAAGGAGUAAAAAGUUGUGCUUAUUCUUUAAACAUGAUGGUCAUACAGACUCUUUCAUUUAUCCAUGAUGUAAUGUGUUUACUUAAAUGAAGGCUCCUCCAGCAGUAAAAGUGUUGUUGUACCAGGAGGUCACAGAUUCCCCCUCAACUUCUUCUUUUGUUGUCCUACAAUCAUCUCUCCCCUCGUCGUUAUCAACAAGCGUCUAAUUAGCUGAGUGGCUGUUUUCGUCUCCCUGGCCCAGGGGCCCAUCAACGGCGUAGUGUGGUGCAUCAGUCUGGCUAGCCCAGGCUAAUGGCCACGGCUACCUAAUGACACCAUUAGUUCUAAUGAUAGCGUUAACGGGUAGCCGCUAAACAGGAGUAAUCGGUGGGGCUGUGAGCUUGAAAAGCUUGCAGGGGGAUGUGGAGAGGCAGAAAGGAACAGCGGAAGAAAGGUGAAUAAACAGUUUGAGAAGUGGCGAGUCUGAGUGACACUUGACUGCCAGGGGUUGUCACAGGAGACGAAUGAGAUGAUCACAUUUGGAUAAACAUUUUCUGUCGCUUCUUGUCUCCUUAGGUCAUGUUCAGCUCACUUACUUCUGCAGCUGGAGCGACAUGGAGGAUUCGUGUGACAAAGAGGCUAUUGCCAAUAUGUACUGUGCACCAGGUGAGCUAUACAAAUACACGCUAAUUCACUUGAUGUCUGAUUUCUAAGAUGCACUAAUGCUAUGCUUAUUAACAAGGAGCCUCAGUGUGUUUUUGUGUCAGUUAGGAGGUGUGUUUGGGGUUAAUUCUAUGCAGGCAUGCAAGAUAAGUAGGCCACUUUCCCAUGGUUACAAAACCCUCAUUCAUAACCAGGCAUGAAGAAAAAAUCAAAGUAUAUGCAAACCACUUACGAGCACCAAAACUGUUUAUUCAUUUUGAUUACGAGACACAGAAAUCUAUAUUGUAAGGUCCUCUUUAGGGUGCAUCCCUUUCCACUUUCUCUUUUAUCGCAGUAAAAUAAACAACACCCACAGGAUCAAAACAGCAACCUGGUCACAGCGCCGUUUAGCUUUUCAAUGAACUGUGCCACUAGCUGGUAUUAAGGAGAAUGAAUAAGAAAUAUCUUGUUGCCCCAAACAUGACACAGUCGUUGAAAGCUUGUAUUGUAGUUCUCCGGUUGUCCUCUAGAGCGUGCUGUUGUGCAGGAGGUUGCUGGUGGUGCAGUAACCCCGUGUGUUGCCCCCAGCAGGCUUGUGGCAGCUCUGGCAUGCUGUUUACAAGCUGCCGAAAACAAACUGCUGCUAGACUACAGCACCAUGUCCCCAUUUAGCACUUCUGUGUGUGGGCCUUGUGUUUGACAUCUAUAGGUGGGUACAUUUUCCAGAGUGUAGUGUAGCUGCUGUAAGACACAUAGGCUGCUGGGUAUUCUAUAUAUGCUAAAUAACACAUUUCUUAAAUAUGCAGGAUUGAGAAUUGCAAGAUAACACCUGGGCGCACUUGGAGACACACACGAUGACCCUCACACUCAUUCACUCUCCCACACACCUAUAUUAAGCUUUUCACUCAUAUUCAUCCUCUCUCCCAAGCCAGGAAGGUCACUUCAGAUUUAAAUCCUUCUUGUGCCUGGAACAUACAGUAUGCCACUGCUGUAAUAAAUCUGAAAGCAACAAAUGCUCCAUCUAAUAUCCAAAGUGUGCAUUUUUUAUUCCCUAAGUAGCAGCCAGUCUAAAAGCCUACUAAUGGAAAUAGAAGCACAUGAAGCUAUAGAGCAGGCGGCGAGAGGAGGUGACCUGAAGACACCAAGUGAAGCUUAGCACCGGGGUCUUAAUGCAGAGUGUGGCUUAAAGUCUGAGUGUUGCUGAGACAUGUGCGCCACUUAUGUAAGGAAACAAACGUGCUUUUUGUCUGGUAGGUAUUAGAAAUUGUGGGUGGUGGAUUUUAAGGCUGCAGUACAUGAACAGUCUAUUCUUUCAGAGUAAAUCUGGCAUUCUGAUUUAUUUUUGUGGGAGCUUGAUUUUCUUAAAACUCUCUCUUUACCUUGUUAUCACAGCAUGAGAAAUUAAAGUUGCAACUGUGACCAGCUAUUACUCAAAGUAGGGGUGUCCUGAUAUGAUAUUGAUAAUGGAUAUCGGUCUGAUAUCAGCAAAAAAAUGAAUAUCGGAUUAUAUCAGCCUGCAUCUAAAAUCUCCGAUAUCAGCACUCAGAUACAAGCAGUCCAUUCCAGACUCCGCUGUCGCACCUCUAUCUAGCAGCAUCCAGAUCCAGCAUGCAGAGCCCACAUAAUCACAACAACAGCGUGUACCAAGGUACGAACAAAGUAACAAGGAGUAGGAGUGAUGUCGGCCUUGUGGCAGUAUUUUUGUUCAUGGCCAAAAAAGAUGUAGCAGCUGAGUGAAAAACUUGUCAUGCACAAUUUUGUGCCAAUAUCCAAAUAUCCGAUCAAUAUCAGUAUCGGCCAAACUACAGGGCUACAUAUCGGUAUUGUAUUGGAAGUAUAAAAGUUGUAUCAGGACACCCCUUAUUCAAAGCAUCAAAUAUUUCCCCUAUUUUCAAAAGUGCCAUUGUCAAAUAAUAUUGUUUGUCCAUUUUAGCGUUUGACUGCUGGCCUGACAACUACACCACGUGUUUUUGUACUAGAAACUUAAGCAGGUUUUAUUUCUAUACAUGACAGAAACGGUAACUGGCUGUCAUAAAAUACAUAAAAACACUCUAUUUCCAUAAAACAUCUAAUUAACCGUCUUCCAGUGAUAAAACAAUUUGACUUUUUUUAAGAGUCAGAAAAAAGAGGAAUAAUUGUUGGUCACAUAACACGACUAGCUUUGAAUACAAGUUUGACAAACACCCUACACAGUACAGUUUCUGACGUUAAUCCCUUAAAAAGUUGCAGCAGAGGGUUCCCUGUAAAAAAGUGAUUUAAGUGAAGAAGGGGAAAAAAAGUCUGCACCUUUUGUAAAAAGAAGAGGAACUGGAUUGACCUCUGCCCAGUUGUUUAAGGUCUUGUCAGCGGAGGGACUGUCGAGCUUAUGUAGACGUAGUACACAUCAGCAACCAGCAGGGGGUGUGUUAUGCUGUCGUUGUGCUUUAGGGCCACUCACACAUCCACAGACAGUCCCACAAUGCCACUGGCAACUUUGUCUCCUUUUUUCACCUUUCUCUGUUUUUGUCUUAAACUCUUUUAUACGAAUACAACGAAGCGUUUUCACCUAUUCUACUUUUUUAUUUUUAUUUUUUUACUUUUUACAAACCUACAAAUUUCCUAACCCCAGGUUGCUCAAGUAUCUUCAGAUGUACUUGUGUGCACACACACUGACUCAGAGGUUAGUGAGUGUGUGUCUCUCCUGCCCUUGUUAUGUAUUGCUGUUUAUCCAGACAGGGUCAGCUCGUGCGAUGGCUUCAUUCCUGAUGACAGAUUUAUGACUGUUUGCCAGAAAGCUAGCAGGGGGCCUGCUGUGACCGUAUGUGCGUGCGUGUGUGUAUAUGUGUGUGUGUAUGUGUGUAAGAAGGAGGGAAACAUGUUUUUAAAAGGCACACAUUCACACCCACAAAAAAACACAGGAGUGGACUUGGAAAAUACAGCAGCUGCGUAUUAAUCUAUUUAUCCUGCACUUCUGCUUAUUUACUUUUCAUCCUUUCCAUCAUAAAUAAACAUCAGAUGGCUCACGUUUACGCGUUUUUAAUACGGCCAAAAACAAACCGGCUGAUAUCAUGCAACAUGUAUCGAGCAGAAAGGGUCAUUGUUUAUUGUUCAGUUGAGAGGGAAGCAAGGACAAACCCGAUUGUCUUCAAUGUCUAAGAAAGAGGAAAUUCAGUGUAUUCUUCCUCUCUGGGGUAACCAGCCAGUUACUGAGAAGUCCAUCAUUAUACUCACCGUUUUUUUUUUUUUUUUCACCCUUUGUUCUUUUACCUGCAGCCACAGGAAGAUGUAAUGGAAAAUAAUGAGUAGUUCCCCUUUCAAACACAGAAUUGUCAUCUUACCAGUUUGAGUAAUUAUACAAACAAAGACAAAUCUGUGACUUUAUUAUAGUAUUGAAUCAUUUUGUCUCCCCAUAGGGCUGUUUCCAGACUGUUUUUGGAUAAAAGAGUUUCUUGGUUAUUUCAACAGAGCCUUUCCUGCACAUGAGACACACUCACACAGUCUAAGAAACAUCACACAUACAGUAGGUCCCUCCCGACUUCCUACCUGCACCUACGCCACUUCCUCUUUUAACAAUGACUUUCGGUUAAGUUUUUAGGGAAGUUUGUCUAAGAGGAGAAGAGAGAAAGUUCCUUAUGGCCCCCAGGAGAGAGGGGAUGGAGCGUGAUUAAGAUACAGAGCUGGAGGGAAUAGCAUUGUUGAGGGGAAAAGGAAGAAGAAGAGGCCACGAGGUGAACACCGUGUGUGUUGUUAUAGCAGCGUAUCUGUUCUCCUCAGUUUCCUCUUGUUUUCUUGAAACUCUCGUUAUGGGUUUCAAGUUCGCUUUUCAAGAAGAAAAAUCUGACGGAGGUGUGGCUGGAUUUGAAAGUUUACCCAUCAGACAAUGUAACAGGGAGGUUUGAACGACCCAUGGCCUCUGGACGCAGUUAAUUCUCCCUUCUCGUCCUCUUCCUCUCUGUCUCCUCUUCUCCCUGCCUCGCUCUGACAGAGCGGUAAGUGUAGCCAGCUCCACUGUACUCUCCCUGCAGCUCCUUAGACAUUAAUCCAUUGUGAUGACAUCGACCUUGCUCUGAGACGUUUGCGAUUGUGUGUGUGUGUGUGUGUGUGUGUGUCCAGUAUCUCCCCUCCAGCUCAUAACAACGCAGGUAUCACUAGUCUGUUCAAUGACGAUCUUCUCUCCUUGGCUGUCAAAACAGUUGUCCUGGGGAGCCCUGAAGACUGGUUGCUCAGUUGGCUGUGCCUGUUAGUGUGUGUGUCUGCAUAUGUGUGUGUGUUGUUGUGUGUUUGGAAGUCGUAUCAUAGCCCUCACUAACCUCUGCUGCAAGAGAGCCGCACAAGGCCCCUGGAGUUCCCCGCAGCCUCCAGAAGACGAGGGGGUCUUUGUCUCUUUCGCUCCCCCAGCUGAGGAGCCUGGUCUCUGGGCGCACACAGCCGUGACCCUAGGGUCCCGGCCCCUCUGGAGAGAGCAGAGCAGAGGGAAGCUGAGCGGCACAAGAGGCCAUCUGGUACCCAGUGGAGCUAGUAGCAUACACACACACACACACACACACACACUUACACACUCACUCUUUUUCUUUCUCACAUACAUUCACUUUUGACUUGUGUAGAUAAGUAUCAUUCUUAGGUUCCUUAUGCUUUUUGAUGUUGCAGAUCAGAUUAAGGACUGAGGCUGAAGUGUUUAGAUUUAACUUUCACUUUUUGUCCACAGAUUUAGAUUUGACUGAGUUGUGUACGUUUAAGAACAUUUCAGUAAAAAGUUCAUCUAAUAAAAUGCACCAAAUAUUGUCCAUAAUUAAUAAAAACAUGUCUUUGUUUCUGGGUACCAAGACAUACAACAGAAUGUUGUAUUGCCACCAGGGUUUGUUGUACUAUUGAAUUGAUUUUUUAACUAAUGAGGAGUUCAAUUUUAAGGUAAGAUUUGCUGCUUUUCUUUCUGAGAGUUGUAAGAUUUGCAGCUCUGUUUGAGAUGAGUCAACUUGGACCAAAAAAAACUCUGAAAUUUCACCUUUUGAACAAAAAAUAAAAACAUAUGUUGUCAGCCCACUCCUGAGCUUGAUGAACAGAUUUGACGAUAAAAGAACCAGCGAACCGAUCAAUGAUAAUGAUAAACAUAAGCUUGAGCCCUGCUCUGCGCUGUAGUUAAUUUUUAGGGCUAAAGUUGGUGUCGUUGGUAAAGGAAAAUCUGAACACAAUGUUCUCCUUUCUUCCUGCUUUCUUUUUCUUAGUGCGUGUGUGUGUGUGUGUGUGUGUGUGUGUGUGUGUGUCGUGUGCGUGUGUGUGUCUGUUUGUGUGUGUGUGUGUGUGUUUGAGGUCAGGUCAUGCAGAUGGUGUGAAGUUGCAGCAGACGGUUUCCUCAAUUUAACUGCUUUUUUAUUAUGCAAAUCACCCUUUUAUGAGACACACACUUGUUUGUGUGUGUGUGUGUGCGCGUGCUGUGUGUGUGACUGUGUCUACAUUUUGUGCUCAUUUUGAAUCAAUUGUGUCAAUUCAAUGAAACAUUAAGUUAUCCAAGAUGUCAUGAUGAAACAGUGUUGAAUGUCUGGUCUUUAGAAGCAAGAUAACCACAUGAUGUAAUCUUGUUAAGGAGUGUUCAGGAUCAGUAAAUGAGUGGAUUGUAAAACUUUGAUCAUUUUACACUUUUUUUCAGGGCUGAUUAUUGAUUGAUUGGUCGUCUUGGUCUCUAUUUGUUAAGCUUUUUAAUCUUCCGUUUGAUUAACCGCCUUUCAUAUUUUUCUGCUCUUGUUCCAGAGGUGGGAGGGAUCAGUGAGGAGACAGUAGCGUGUGAUUGGUGGAGUUUAGGCGCCAUCCUGUUCGAGCUCCUAACAGGCAUGGUGAGUGAAACACUCCAAAAAAUGUUAUCUUUGUUGGGAAGGUGUUGUGGGAUGUCUGUAGGUGUCUUGGCUUUCAACUCUCUCACAGUCUUUAUGGCGGUGCCAGGGCUGUGUGUGAUUCUGGGCGCGUGUCUGCCUGCGUCUGAGUAGGUCGAGUUUGUUGAUUUUUUUCCGUGUGUAUAUAGGUGUGUGAGGUAAGUCUUGGCUGCUGUCUCAUUCUCUGGUUCUCGGGGAGUGCCAGGGGUGUCGGUGUGACUUUCUCCCCCAGCCUGAGCUCCAUCUGCUGGGCCAGGGGGUCAGCUCUCACCGGGCCUCUCUGCUGGCUCCUGGAGCAGCACUGGGCUUUGAGUGUGCCGCUCCGAGGUCAGCGUGGAAGGUGAGGAGCAGGGCAGCUCUCAAGGCGCUGGAACCCAGGUUUGGGGACCAUCUUUUAAGACGGCUUUUUUUAAGUUUGGAAGACAACCGAUCCAAAUUCAGCCGCCAUACAUAACCACAUGAACGCAUGCUAAUGAUAACUUACAGCUCACUUGAAGGACAAACACACAUUAGCACACGUAGAUAGACGCCCAGUGCAGGUGCAGAGUGUCCCUUCAAUUUUUUAUCAUCUAUUAAAUUUGAAUAUAUUCUAACUGAUUGCCAGUGGGCAUAUUUUCAUAUCAGCGCCUGCCAUCGAUGGCCUAAAACAUGAGUUGGGGGUGUUAGGUAAGUGGUAUUAUAUUGAACAAUACACACCGCCUUACCUGUGAAAAAAAGUCACUCACACAGAUGUCUCGUUUGAUGAUUAUGUCUGGGUACAGCCCUGGCAAGGAUACACACACGCAGGCACACACAGCGUCUCUUGAUCCUUGCAGGAUAAGAUCUUGCCUGGAGCAGUCUUGACUGCUGCUAGGAACACUGCCAGAACUCCUGCCGCACGUACAGAAGAGAGAGAGAGAGAGAGAGAGGCAACCGAUCUAACUGAUGGAAAAAAUGACACACACACGCACAGGAUCCCCUAAAACAGUUUACAGCUGUCUCUCUGCGCACACUUCUGCUCCAGCAUUUUCAAUUUAUAGGUGUAAAUGCACUGGAAGAUGUGUUGCCGCAAGAAACGGUAAUUAGUGUAAUUUUUGUCAGUUAUUUGAACAACAGGAUGACUUUCAGUAUUUGGAAAAGCAUCUGCAGGUGUGAAUAUUAAAGGGAUAUUCCGGCGAAUACUUAAGUUAUGGUCAAACACACCGUAACACCGAGUUAGACACGUCCUCGAGAGAUGAAUGUUGCCGACCACUUGCUUCUCUAGUUAUACCAACUUUAGUAACGACCGCACGAUAGCAAUACACAGCGGUCUACGUCUCCACACGCCAACCUCAACCAAAAAGCCACUCUAUAGCCACAAAUAAUGCUCAGAACAGCAGCUAACUUCAUCAACAGUACAUAUAGGGUCCCAGCCAUAGUACUAGCCACCAAACAUCUUUUUAACUUUGCUUGGUUUCUUUCACAAAGAGACCCAACACAACUUACCUACUCUCCUCCAGCAGCCGUUUGUUUGUGUGGGAGCCCCGACGAGUUGAUCACUGAUUGCAGCGGAGUUUCACAGCUCAAGGAAGAACAUUUAUGAUCAUCGCUUCAUGGAAAUGCAAUCAGACCGAGAUGUUAAGACAGAAGAACUACUGCGUCUGCAGUGCACAAUGAUUAAUAUAGUGAUUAUUACUUCAUGGAAAUGAUCCUCUGGUCACAUUUUGCUGACUUUUUUACACUCCCAGUAUCACAAAUAAUGUAAAAACAUGUCAUUCUUUCUGUUCCAAGACAGAAUAAAUUUCAGUUCAUUCAGGACCUUGUUGUGGUCGAUGUGAUCAGAUCAGUGUUGUUUCAGGUGCUCAGGCGCUUUGGUCUCCUCCCUAUUUGUCCAGUCACAGUGCUCCCACUGUGACCUUAUAGGCUCCAUGGGUGUCAGUGUUUCGGUCCCUUUGGUUCCCUCGUUGUAUGUUUUGAUUGAUAGUUAUCUGUUCUUUCCACCCCUCCUUCCUCUGUGCACAGUCUCUGCUGCGGUGCCAUCCAGCAGGAAUUGGUCGUCACACUUCUCUCAACAUCCCUGAGUCUGUUUCAGAGGAGGGCAGGUCACUGCUGGAGCAGGUGAGAGCCACUUGGGUGCCACUGAUACCUCAUUAUUUUGAUAUUUCAGUCGUCAUUUUACACAUAGAAUUUGACUUAUUGGCCUUUUCAAGUGAAUUUUUUUUUCUUUUAAAACAUCCCUAUUUAUAAUCUAUUCUAAACUAAAUUAAAAGUAAAUUAUAAGUUAUGAACAUGUUGUCAAAGGGGGUUUUAAUUUAAGGGUACUUCAAUUCUUGAUUAGUUCAGUAGUACAAGCAGCAUAAGCUUAUUCCUCAUACAGAGACAACAGUCAUCACUGCAGAAGCCCUCGGUUUAGUUCCUUUUUUGGCUUGUUGUUGGAUGACUUUCCUUCAUGGAGUUGAUUGACGUCUUUUCACUUUGUAAUUAAUCUUUCACAUAUCAGUGAACUUGCAGACACUUCGGCAUCACUUUUCUGAAUGUGCUCGGUGCUUUAUUUGAACUGUCUGAUUGUUGUUUUUCCAUAUUGUUGUUUUAUCAUUAUCCUGGUUUCCUCCUUAAUUAAAGCAUGUGUUGGCCUGUAUUUUUGUCCUUUUGUGCAGUUGCUCCAGUUUAACCCAAUAGAGAGACUGGGGGCAGGUGUUGGAGGAGUGGAUGACAUCAAAGCCCACCCUUUUUUUGCCAAAAUUGACUGGCCCAAAUAGACACUAUGCAUUAUGGGACUGCCGAAAUCAGAGUUGUGUUCUCAGGCACUGGGUGCCCUGGAGGAACUCCGGUUGGAAUGGACAACUAUAAAGAUUCAACUUCGAACUGAUGCAUUUCUGCCCACAUAUCCACUCUUUGUGUCGCCACACAGUCACUGCAUACUUUAACUUUUUUUUACCAAAUUUGCCAAGAAGCAGUAUUAUCUCUCUGGAAAAUGCCACUUCUUUUUAUUUCCACACAGGUUUACUAUGUAAACUGUUUCUUUUUUUUGAGCAGGGAACACAUAACAACAUGUGGUGCAAUAAUUAACCUUGUUUGUACUGUUAUUGAGGGAUGAUCUACGACAGCAUUGUUGCUUUAACACUCCUUAGACAUUUGCUGUGAGCCAAAAUGACACAACUGAGAGUGAAGGGUGGCAUUUGGUGGGACAUUAUUAUUAUUUUAUUUGCACUCAUUAACUAUUGCAUGCCAAACAUUAAACUGACACCGCUUUCAUAGAUCUCUGUGCAGUACUGUGUUAGAUGCCACCUAAAACACUUAAGACAUUCCUCACAAGGCCCACUGAGGUCAGCUGAGCUUUUUAUUUAUGAGCAGUUAUGUUGUGAUAGAUAAACAGAGGAUUUUUCACACACCAUAACAUUUCCAGAGUUGGGGUUCUUUUUGCUUACUGGCCCAAAUUUAGUAAUAUAGAUGGAUACUAUGCAAGGGGGGUGAGCUGGAGUAUGAUUUUUUUUUCGAGUGAUGGUUUAAAUUAUAUCAGGAUUUGAUUUAUUGCUUAUUUAAAUGUUCAUAUCCGUAAAGAGGGCCGGUUUAACAUAAACAUAAAUAUUCAAGCGAGUAAAGAAGGAGAAGACACAUUUAAAGCCAGCCCUUUUACCAAAUCAAGUUGUUUUUAUGAAUAACAGAGCACUGAAUUUUCUGCAUGGUAAAAAAAAAAGAUUUCUGUAAAAUACUCCGAACUUUGUCAUAAAUCUAUUAAAGAAUAAAUAACGUGAUUAUAUGUGUGUAUUGUAAAUACAACUUUUAAAGGAUGUUGUGCUUAAAGAAAGGUCUCCCCAGGUCUCCACACCUUGACUGCGUCUAACCCGUCAGUGACUCACCACAUCAUUGGUCAAGUUUGUGGAGUUUUUUUCUGAAUAGUUUUAUUAACACACCUGCUAACAUGCCAUGAAGAUCAUGUUGCUGAUUUUAUAAUGUCUUUAAUAUAUAGUAAACAUUUCAGUGAUUACAUUAAAUGCCAUAUAUCACUAUUUGUAUAAUGACACGAGACUUACUUGAGCUACUAUCAAACACACAUUAAUACAUUUCUCUAACAUCACAUGAAUAAUCACUCCUCUGUAAAUGCUGCACUCUGUUAUACUUCACAUUAAAGUUAACUGACAGAUUCUGUAAAUGAUGAGGUUCGUAUUCCAUCUACUAAACCCUUUUUAUCAGACAUUGACAUCACAGUGAGAUCAGGGUUUUUCUUUUUUGUUGUUUUUUUAUGCGACACUCACUCUGGUCUGUGCUCCAUCAUGUCUGUACUGGUCUGUCAGUCACUCUGGAUAACAAUAAACAUACCUGGAUGAGAACAUGUA